AUGGAUCCUGCCGCUCCUUUGCCUGAUCAACCAUCACGCCCCGAAUCGCCUGGACCAGCGUUGGAGCCAGACCCAUAUCAAGGCUCGCCUAGGCGACCGCCGCCGCCAGCCAACCAAAUCCGCAGGGUUAGUGACAUCGACGUCGGUCACUAUAUCAGCUCCACAUUGCAGAUAUCACUGUGGCAUCAUUAUCAGAGUGAUCGAUCCUUCCGUGUCCACAAGGUCAUAGUAUGCGCUCAAUCUCCGUUUUUUGACGCUGCUUGUGGGGGGCGGUUUAAAGAGUCUUCUGAAAGCAAAAUCGACUUGCCAGAUGAUGAUCCAGACAUGAUAGACAGACUCUUUCAGUUCCUGUACCUGGGAAAUUACACAGAUGGCGAAUACUUCGAUGAAUUGCCUUCAAUCCCAGCCAUGACGGAGCCACAGGAAGUCCAAGCACAGCUCAGCCAGAAAUUAGAACGAUUCACAGUUGCCGAACUGAGUGACUCCGCAAAUGAUGAAGAUUACCCUUCUGAAGAAGAUUUACAAUCCCCUCGGGACAACGAUGAGCAUCUAGAAUACGGCUCCCUGCACAGCUCCCACGACUGGGAUCGUGAAAGCGGCGAUGAGCAAUACCACGAAAACUGCCCAACGCAGUUGUUUACUUCGCUGCGCAUGUACGUCAUAGGAGAUAAGUAUGAUGUACCCGCGCUGCAACUACUGGCCAAGACGCGGUUUCUAAGAACAGCUGAGCAUCACUGGAAAACCUCCGAGGAGUUCCUCGCGGUUUUGGAUGAGUUGUUCGUCACGACUUCAACUUGCGAUUCGUUGAGGUGGUCUGUUUGUCGACUUAUCCUGCAGGACUAUAUGUCCAGUCCAAACAUCAGGGAGCUUCUUCGGCCAACUCUUGCACGGCAUGGGGAUUUCUCCAUGAAGUUGCUCCAAACUGUGAUGCUUGAGAUUGAGAAGUGGAGGCCAUAUGUACCUAUAUUGGCGUAAUGACCAUCACGUAUUUAUCACUUGCAACAUAU